AUUUGCACUCGCAUAUUCUUCUAAAGGCGAUUAGUGUAUUGCGAAUUAUGAAAUUCUUCUCCUUUGAUUAGGUCAAGAUGUUAGGUCACAUGCUUGGGUUUGGUAAUGGUUUUUUAGUGUAUUUGUCAGUGUUGCCAUUGUUUAUGCUCAAUACCGGGUGAUGCAUUCCUAACGUAUAUUGAACUGAUCAUAUAUUUAUGUUUCUAUAAAGUAUUGUUCCUAAUCAAGAGUUCAGAAUUAUAAGCCCAGAGUCAAAUUCAUGAAAUGAACCAAUUUAAAACCCAUAUUACCUAUUCCGUUCCUGAAUUGUUUGUCCUUAAUUUAUUUAAUCAUCCCUUGUACAAUAAUUGACAGAAAUCCACGAUGGCUAAACCAAAUAAACACACAUUCAUAUAAUGGUAGGAAUUUAUGAUGAGCUGGAAAUCAUACACGGAUAAAUAAUAAUUAUAUAGAAGAAUCCAUAAAGUUUUGGUGUGCUUUAUAUUUUAUAUGACUUGUUCACGUUUCGUUAAUGUUGAAUUUUUUCGGUGUCUCUCUUAAAAAAAAUCUUAAUAGUGGUGUCAGAAGGUGAAGAUUUAUCUUAGUGAUGACUUAAUAAAUAUGAUAUGAAAUAUAUGAAUAAUCUAAAGUUUAAGGACUUCCAGUAUAAAAAAUCUUCCAUUUUAAAACCAAAAAAAUGUGCCCCGUUGGAGAACGACGCUAUACAAAAAAAUGGUUACCAGAUAUCGUGCAUAGUCACUACUAAAAUAUCCAAGCUUGAGAUGGGUUGUUCUAAUAUAUGUACUCAAGCUCGAUAGAAUGAAAUAUUGCAUAUUAGUUGAAACUGUUAUGCAUCUGGACUUAUAUAUGCAAAAUACUCGACCGUCACAGUAUGACGAAGCUCCCCAACAAUUUUCUCAGUAAAGAAUGACCCCGGAAAUUGAUCCCGUUUUCAGCUAUGGAAAGUUUUUCUUCGUUAAAUAUGAUCCUUCGUUUGUAUACUGAACGCGUUACACAAAUAAAGUCUCGCAGUUUCUCAACAGUGUUAUCAACACAUUCGUAAGAAAUACUGCAAAUUACUGGUCCUUGAUAUUGUACACGCUUUUGUGGAAAAUCGCUUCAUCCACUCGCAUGUCGCGUUCCCAACUACUCCGUACUACUCUUAGUUAUUAUGUGUAUGAAUCUUUAAUGAAGUAUCAUAACAAUGACACUACACACUUUUUUUUUUCAGCGUAUAUCAGUUUUUCUAGUCAGUCAUUUUCCUUCAUGCAGCCACGAGUCGAAUUAUAUAUACUGCGCCAAAAAUAACUGGGAUAAAUUUCUUUAAUCUGAUACUCAUAUCUUACCAUCCCAAAACGCGUUCAGCAAUGCGUGUCUGCAAUACAAGGAGAGGUAGAGAAGAGAGAAGGAAGCGUAACAAGCAUUAAAAAAUAAAAGAAAAACACUUUCGAGGAAAUAUCUUGCGAACAUUUCCUCGAACCUUCGUAUGGAAAAUCGUUGGAGCUUUCAUGUAUAAUCCUUGCUAUUUUAAAUUUAACCCAUACCGAACUCGGGAGUCACUGAAAAGAUUAUCUUUAGUGAUUGAGUAGCUGAUUUGAUUGUUGAUUUUGGCUUCUUUGUCUUGAAACUGAUGGAACCAAAAAGACAAACCCAGCAAGAGGAGGAAAAAAGGGGUGAUCAAGAGCGGAGUCGUGAGAAUUCACGAGUAUCUGAAACAUGGCGCAUCGUUAGAAGUUUUAGGUAUCUGCGUCUCAAUUUGAAUGAACUGCAGCCCUACUUGGUAGAUUCAGUUCGAAAUAUGAUACGACAGGAGUUGGAACUCCAACUAGCAACAAGACCAAAUAGUAUUCAGACUGAAAUAUCUGGAGCCCGCAGAUUGUUGAAGCUGGUUUUUAGGAAUAAAUUACCUGAUACAAUUUAUACCCUCUCCAAAUUGAAAGAUAGAGACAACAAUCCUCUUGAGGUGUUUCUUCUCGAUAUUGAAUCUAAUUCUAUAGUCUGUGAUGAGAAUGAUCCACUGUCUUCGAUCAAGGUUAAGAUUUGCGUUCUUGAUGGUGAGUUUGGCUCAGAUGGCGAUGAAAAUUGGAGCAAAGAUGAAUUCAACUCCAAAAUCUUACGUCAAAGAGCGAAUAAAGGGCAGUUACUGAAAGGAGAUACGGUUAUUGCGCUUAAAAAUGGAAUAGGUUUUAUCCCAACUGGAUUAUCAUUCACUGACAACUCAUGUUGGAUAAGAACACGACGUUUCAUAUUAGGAGCGAAGGUUGCGAAAUCAAAUUUGAAUGACGCAAUAAUCAUCAGGGAAGGUAUAAGUAAACCUUUUACAGUCAAGGACUACAGAGGUGAGUUGAACAAGGGAAAGGAUCCAACCCUCAGUGAUGAAAUAUGGCAUUUGAAACAUAUAUCAAAAAAGGGGAAAAUUUAUGAGGAGCUUGCUAAGGACGGGAUACUCACUGUUGGGGAUCUGUUGAAGGAGCAUGAAACCAAUCCAUCAUCUUUGGAACAGAAACUUGGCAAGAUUUCCAAAAGGAAACGGGAAGAAAUUUUUAAGCAGGCUAAGAAAGCAAAGCAUGCUGAAACUGGUGUUGCUGAAACCGUAAUAUUUGACAGACCAAACUAUCUAUCAGAGAAUAAUACUCUCAACUCCGAUCAGAGGCAAGCAUGUCAAAGUUCGAGGGGUCUGAUGCAGAUUGAGGUGAUAAAUGAAGAAAGUCCUUGUCUAAGGGAUCCAGAAGACUGGUCAGCAUUUUGUGAUGAAUUAUUUACAGAAUGAUGAAGUUGAAAGUAGCUCUUUGCUCCCUCCAUGUAAUGAUGAAGAGAAGCUGUAAGAAACUUGUAAGAAACUGUGCUUUGUAUGCGUCAAACAAAGGGAAAGGCAAGAUGAUGUUAAGUGCUUCAAACUGCUCACAUUGCAUGCAGCUAAUAUACGGCCAAAACUCGCCGCCAGUGUUGACUAUAACUAUUUCAAAGACAAAACUCAAUUAUAGUAUAUGUAAUUUGUUGAUUCAUUCAUUUGAUUUCUAAUUAUUAUGGUUGUAA